AUGGAUAAUUCUUAAUACUUGCAAUCUCUAUUGGACAACAUCGACAACGAUCAAGGUUACCACAAGAUCCGAGAAUACGGACGAACCUAUGGAUUUCACAACAUGUAUGCUCAUAUCUCUUCCCUCACAAUAGAUAUUACAGAAGACUCAUAUGGACCAAACUAUUAGGAAUUGAUUAGCAAUUACCUUACCAAGAAAAGGAAAAAUGCUUACAACAUGAUUAAUUAUUGAAGGACGUCAAUCGCUCCUUGAAUACAAUAUCACAAAUCAAAAACUUUAAAGAAAUGUAUUACCUCAAUUUUUUAAUAUAGAGAUUAAUUAAGAAAAUGCUUAAUGGAUGUACUCGACACCAUCUUCAGCCACUAUCCCAAUUACUCCUACUAUCAAGGCUAUCAUGAUGUCGUAUCAGUCAUGAUACUUGUCUUAGGCGUAGAACAAGGUUACAGAGCAUCUGUAUAUGCUGCUUAGCACUUCUUCAAAGAUUACUUAGACCAAGAAUUAGCCACUACAAUCACUCCACAAUAUCAAUUCAUUAGAAUUCUCCUAUUACGACACUCCAAAGACACUAAUAAUCAAAAACUCAGAGAUAUUAUGACUAUCAUCGAACACCCCACUUGUGUCAUUCCGUGGAUUCUAACAUGGUUUUCUCAUUCCUUGGAAAAUAUCAAUGACAUCUCUAGAAUUUGGGAUUUCCUAUUUUGUUCCUCAUAAAAUACAAUUCUGUAUAUCUGUGCAGCAUUUAUUGCCAUCCAUCAUGACACCUUAGAAGUGAGAGAUGAAGAGGAUCUUAUUGGAGAAUUUUAAGACUUUUUUUAAAAUCUUAAUAAUAAAGAAAGAAUUUAAGAUAUAAGAUUAGAGAGUAUAUUGUAAUUAGCAAAAUUGCUUGAGGAUAAAUACAAGUUUGAACCUAUCUGCCAAUAAGAAAAUAUUUAAUUUUCAUAGAAGUAUUUUAUUUAACAUUAUGAUUAUAGCUCUAUUGUUUACUAACAUAACUUCAAGUCUUAAUUAUCAUAUUACAAUUCCCAAGAUAAACUAUAUAAAGCAAUCCCAAAAAAAGUAAUCAACUACAUCCAUGACAGAUCAGAUAUCAUAUUAAAUAUAGGUGGAAUCGCUUUAACUUAUCUUAUUCAAUAUUAUAUAGUUAAAAUUUGA